AUGUUUGCCUCGCACUAUCACGCCGAUCAUUCGACGCAGACAUUCCUCCCGCGCAUCCCCUCCCCACUCUCGCCCAUCAGCGCAAAUAGUCAAAUCCAUGGCAGAUACUCCUCGCCUUCCAGCUAUAUGUCGGACGCAUCGAGCGAGAAGACGAGACCGCAGACACGAGGCAAACAGGGAUGGAGCAAGCGGGCGGCAAAUUUGAAGAAAGCGCCUUCAUCACUGUCGAAGUCAGACGAGCUGAAGGAGCGGCGGCGGCGGAUGUUCUUGCAGAAGGUCAGGGAUGGGCGGGAAGAGGGGAGGUGGGAGCGGAGGGGUGAGGAUAUUAUGAGGCUGGACUUCAUGCAACGACAGCGAGCAUGGGAAGCGGAGCAAGAGCGCGAAGCAUCCAGUCUACCCUUUGACCCUGCCGAGGAGGAAGGAGAGGAGAGGGAGGCGUUUGUCUUGCCGAUGUCGAGUAACGCAAUGCAGAUUUCAGCACCAGCGAGCCAACUCCGGCCCGAAGAGGAAGUGGAUGAGGUGCUGCUGCGGGAAGAGGAGGAGAUGGAGGCGCUGCUUUCGCUUAUGGCGAAAGAAGAGGUGGAGGGUGAGACAAGCUCGCAGCAACUCUGGAGCGACAUCGAUGAUGAUUAUGAUGCGCUGUUCUCCGAGGUUAUGGAACACGACGAAGACAGGCAGCAGCAGCUGUACUCAGCUGGUGUUGUCCGAGAAGAUGGGAGCGAGGCUAUGGAUGUCUCAUGA